AUGUAUGGGGUGGAGUUGUUAAGGCAGGGAAUAGGUUGGAGGGUUGGUAAGGGGGAUACUACUAAAUUUUGGAAAGACAGUUGGCUUAUUGAUGAGCCUUUGUUGAAGCAUGCUGGGGUCUUGCAUAUUGAGGAUUUAGAUUGCUCUGUUUCCAAUUUUUUUAAAGAUGGGUGGUGGGAUUUGGAUAAAUUACGAAGAGCUUUAACGGAAGAUCUUGUUCAACAUGUUGUUAAUUAUCCUGUGGGUUUUUCUAGUAAUUUGCAGGAUUGCCAGAUUUGGAAAGGAACUGCCAAUGGAGUUUUUUCUGUAAAAACCGCUUACAAUCUAUUCUUUAAAGGUCCCUCAUGGCCUGAUUAUAAUUUUAGUUCUUUGUGGAGACUAAAGAUACCGCCUAAAUUGCAGAUCUUUGCUUGGCUUACUGCGCAAGGUAAAAUUCUGUCCAAUGUGCAAAGGGUUAGAAGACAGCUGACUUUUGAUGCUUCUUGUGGUGCUUGUGAGUGGCCUAUUGAAACUACAUUACAUAUUCUUCGUGAUUGCUAUAAGGCUAGAGGUAUAUGGAAUACUGUUUUAAUGCCUAGCCAUCAUGGCCAUUUCUUUCAAAUGGAUUUUCUGCCUUGGUUUCAGACUAAUCUUCUCUCCCAGGCAGUUUGGUGUAGUAAUAUCCCCUGGAGUCUGGUGUUUAUCUUUACUUGUUGGUAUGUGUGGAAAUGGAGAAAUCACCAAGUUUUUCAAGGGGAUGAAGAUGUGCCUUUUGAUCCUAAACAACUUAUUGUUCGUGCUGUCCAUGAGUGGUUUAAGGCUUCUCAUGUCUUGAGUAAGCAUAAUCAUAAAGUCCAGAUUGAUCUUAAGUGGGAACCUCCUAUUUCUGGCCAGUUCAAGUUAAAUGUUGAUGGGUCUAGGAGGAAUGGCUCUGGACAUAUUGGUGCUGGAGGUGUUAUUAGAAAUUCCUCUGGAGAUUGGAUCAGUGGUUUUGCUGUGAACUUGGGGAAGGGGCAAAUUCUUGAGGCAGAAAUUUGGGGAUUAUUUUUUGGGUUGAAGCUUGCUGUGGACAAAGAGAUUGAUAAUCUUGUUGUUGAAAUGGAUUCAGCAAUUGCUGUCCAAUUGAUCCAGAAGCAGGGCCUUACUGAUGUUCAUCCUCUUGCAGCCUUAGUUGCUAGCUGCUGGGAGUUGAUGCAUAUGAUCAAUUGCUGCAGUGUUUAUCAUGUUUACAGAGAGAAAAACUGUGUUGCUGAUUGUUUGGCGACCUGGAGCUAUAACUUAGACUUGGGUCUUUUUAUCUUUGUUGAUGCUCCAGCUUGGGUUGGGCCUAGUUUGAUCGAUGAUUUGCUAGGAAUUACUAGAUCUAGGCUAGUUCCUACUGAUUUGCUGUGCUACCAUGACACCUCCCAGGUAACAGAGGAACUAGUUCAAAAAAUCCUUCUUCGAGGACUUGAGCCCGGUGCUGUAGAUGUAUUUCUGGAGUUCAUUUGUUACUCAGGUGGCCCCCUUCCUGAGGAACUAUUGCCUCAAGUGAAGUGCCCUGUUUUGAUAGGAUGGGGUGAGAAGGAUCCAUGGGAGCCCAUUGAACUUGGAUGUGCCUAUGGGAAAUUCGAUUCUGUAGAAGACUUCGUUGUUCUUCCUAAUGUCGGCCACUGCCCUCAGGAUGAAGCACCUGACCUAGUGAAUCCACUGGUCGAGUCAUUUGUGGCACGCCAUGCUGCACUUUCCAGCAUUUCCACGGCUACCUGAUCCGUGGCAUGUCAGUUUGUUGCAGUUUCUUUGUACAGCAAAGGCCAUUGCUAGUCAAAACUUAAUUCAUAUGCCCCAGAAGAAGCAGCGGCUUACAAACAGUAUUGCCGAUGCUUUUGAUGUUCUAUUGAUCCAUAAUGUGGCAUCCGAAUAGAAUGUUACGAGUACUUGGUAUGGCACCA